AUCAGAAUGUCCAAACCAAGAAAAAAUCUUUGUCGACGUUGUCCAAGUUUUCCCUUGUUGUUUGUGGGUGUGUCCCUGUUGGUUACUAUGUUAUUCACAAGAUGACCACAGCCGAAAAACCAGGGAAGCCUUGGCAGGCUACUUAAGUGAAAUGUGAAAUGUCAUAUUGACAUUUAUUUCGUCGACAUAUUUCUUUCGUGGACAUAUUUCUAGUCAUUGUGAAUAGACAAUUGAAUAAUAAAUACAGAGUAGUCGAACUUUAAUUUUUUAGCUGGGUUAUCUAACUUUGACAGUUCUUGCUGGGCUGUCCAACUCGAGCACACAACACCCUUAGAACAACGUGUCAACCGUUUCUGUGAUAGUUUACCUCUGAUAUUCUAACACCCUCCGCCAUGGUCACCUCCACGUUGGCGUCGUUCGCCUACAACGACCUGCAGCUGAACAUGCUGACGGUCCUGCUGGUGGCCGUGUUCCUGGGCGGGAUGAGGACAUCCCGGCGCGCCAUGCUCCGCUUCCUCAACUUCUCCGCCUUCGAGAUCUGGGGUAAGAUGUGGCUCUACUCCCCGCACCGCUACAUCUGGGCGGGGGUCAAGAAGGCGCUUCCGCCUGUCGUGUCCAGGAGAGUCCGCUGGGUGGUCAAGGUGUCCAGUAAGGUGGUGCUGGGCAGGUCGCCGUUGAAGAAGUAUGUCUUCUACCGGUAUAAGCACACGCACCACAUACAUCGCAGUCGCCAUCUUAACAAUACGAUAAAUUUGUAUCGUCGUAUGCCACUGAAGACACUUUCUCGACUAUGGGGAAAAUUCAACCAAAUGGAACUUCCAAUUUUUUUAAGAAAGCCAUUACUAGGUCUCUAUAUCUGGAUGUUUGGAUGUAAUUUAGAAGAAGCUGAAAUUGAAGACCUGAAGCUUUAUAGAAAUCUAGGAGAAUUUUUUAGAAGGCAGCUUAAACCUCAUGUCCGUCCUAUUGAUGAUGAUCAUGUACUGACAUCCCCAGCUGAUGGCAAGAUUCUUUACUAUGGUCAAGUUAAAAAUGGCAUCUUGGAACAGGUGAAAGGUGUGACCUAUUCACUGCGUGGGUUUCUGGGGCCUCAAACAGCCAGUGGUACAUGUGUGGAUAUACACAAUGAAUCAGAUGAAGAGUUCCAGAAAGAUUUAUCAUUACAGCCUGGUAAUGAGCUGCAUCAUGUUAUUAUUUAUUUGGCACCAGGGGAUUACCACAGGUUUCACUCGCCAGCAACUUGGACUGUAGAGCAUCGUAGACAUUUUCCAGGUGAAUUGCUGAGUGUGAACCCUGGCAUAGCUCGAUGGGUUCAAGGCUUAUUUAAUUUUAAUGAGAGGGCUGUUUAUACAGGAAGGUGGGAGCAUGGCUUUUUCUCUAUGGCUGCUGUUGGAGCAACAAAUGUUGGCUCAAUAAAGAUUUAUUGUGAUGAGGAGCUUGAAACAAAUACGCGUACAAGACACCCAGAGCAUACAUAUUUUGACAAGAAAUUUGCUACCCCAAUCACCAUUGAAAAAGGUGAUAUGUUUGGUGAAUUCAACUUAGGCUCAACAAUAGUUCUUAUAUUUGAAGCUCCACCCGGAUUUAAAUUUAAAGUUCACGAGGGUGAUAAGAUCAAAUAUGGUCGCCCCCUUGGAACAACACCAUAACUAUUGAUCUAUGCUAGUCUAUUUUUACAAUUUUUGAUGAGGUUUUGUAUGUUAUUUAAUGUGGGAUGUAGCAGUAACAAAUCCUCUUUAGUUUUUAAAACAGUAUCAAGAAAAAUUGAAAUUGUUAAAUUUCAAAACUUUCUCAUGAUUGUAACCACGUAUAAGAAUAGCUAUAUUAAUAAAUUUGUGCUCAUUCUGAAUUUGUAUGUUAACAUUGAUCAAUGAAAUAUUUGACUUAAACAGAUGCAAAAAUUAGAAUGUACCUACAACAGCCACUUAAAAUUCAAUUUGUAAUUAAGAACAUUUAUUUUUAAAGUAUCUAGAUGUACAUUAGGGCACAUCCCAUUAUCAUUCAAGGGCUAAUCCUGGUAUCUUUAAGCUGUAAUGUUCAUAGAUUUUUCUUAACUACUGAAUACCUACUAUUCUGGAAUUCAUGCCAGAUUGCAUUGUCAUUUUAAUGAAAAUAUAAUCUUAAUAUAAACACUUAAGGCAGUGUUGUUAUUUACAUUAUUUAACACAAUGACUUAAUAACAUCAGAAAAGUGCUGCUAAGUAUCUGCACCUUAAAUAUAAACAAGUAUGGACCAACACACUUCUCAGGUUUUCAUUUUAAAUCCAGAACCUUACUUAAAAAGUCAGCAUAUGUUUCUAAAUAUUUUUAGAGCAUUUUCUAUUUAUGUAUUGUUAAUUACUUCCUGCAAUGUCCACUGUGUAAGACAUGAUGCAUAAUUGAAUUUUAAUGUAUUUGCAUUGUGAAGCUAUAUCCACUUGUGUUAAAAUGUCAAAACUUUGGGUUAUUUCUAUAGAUAUUAAUAAAUGGCCUUUUACAUUGAUGUUAAAUUGUAAAUCAUCAAGUCCAUUUUCUAAGUGUGUAAGGUUGUAUAAAACAGAGAUGGAUGUGAUCAUUUUGCUAUGAAAAUUAUUUUGUAAAUUAGCUGUUUAUCUGUUUCUCUGGAUUUGUGAAUCUGACACUGAGAUAUUCAAGGUUGGUUUGUAUGAGAAAGUGUUCAUGAUUGUUUACAUCUGGCUUAUGUGUAAACAUUCUGUUGAUUAAAUGACAUCUUUUACUCUGAAGAUAAAUUGUACAAAAAAAGACCCAACUCAUUUUUUUAACUUUCAGUUUCAAUAACAGAAUUUUUAGAUUUGGUUUUUUCAAAGAAGUGCUAGAAAUGAUGUGUAAAGUGUUUAAUUUUUAAGUGUGAUAGAACUUAAUUCUCAAGUAAAUUGAGAUUCUGCCACUGGAUCUUGUCAUCAACUUUAUACAUCAUUAUUUUUUCAAGGGGAAUAAUUUAUAGCCUUAUCUGUUUGUAGUUUAAAAAAAACAUAACCUUUUAUUUCAUAUUCUCUGGAAAAAAAAAAUUGUUCAAAGAGAAGAGGUUGGCAUUGUAAAGAUAAAUUACAUUUAUUGCUUCGUUUAAAGAUUGACUGUUUUAUAUGAAUUUUUCAUGUUAAUUUUUAAUAAAAACUAUUUUUAAA